AUGAUUGAGUCACCAAGGACAGAGGGGUCACUCUUACGGCCCUGUAUGAAAUGUCGUGUUCAGGAGGCGACCCUUGAGAGCAGAUCUCAGCCCGUCUGCAGAGACUGCUUCGCCAAGUUCAUCGCCGCCAAAUGCAUCAAGCAAACCGGCAUCCUAGGCAAGGAGACCCGCCUCGCUCUCCCCACAACCGGCGGCCCGCCCACCAGCACCCGCCACUACAUGGUCGGGCUCUCCCUCGGCGUCUCCUCCACCGUCCUCCUGCACCUCCUCAGCGAGAACAUCGAGUUCCAGCUGGCCCGCGGCCGCAACGCCCCCUUUGACCUCACCGUCGUGCACAUCGACACCACCACCACCACCCCACCACCACCAGCCCCUCCCCCGCCGAAGAGCCCUCACCCGCUACCGCACCCGCUACCCGCGCUUCCCUUCCCCGCAUCCCCCUCUCACACCGCAGCACCAACACCACUUCCCACAGCCGCCUCUCGCAGCGACGUCACCCGCUUGUUGACGCGGCGCGCACUGCUGGAGCAGGCGCGCGCGCGGGGGUGCCAGGCGCUGCUGCUCGGGCACAGCACGACGGCGCUGGCGGAGCUGACGCUGGCGGAGGCGGCGAAGGGGCGGGGGUUUGCGCUGCCGUGGUUGGUGCAGGAUGGGGUGGCGCCGGUUGUGGGUAAGGGGGAGGGUGGAGGGGGGCGGGGGAAUGGGGAGAGGCAUGGAGGGGAGGAUGAAGGUGGGGAGCGGGAGGGGGCAAAUCAUGGUGACCAUGAACAGGAGGAGGCUGGCAAGGGCGUGCUGGUCUACCACCCGCUCCGCGACGCCCUGCGUAAGGAGCUGGUCAUUUACGCGGGGCUGGUCGAGCCGCCGCUGACGGACCUUGUCUGGGAGACCAGGGACGACGCAGCGGCGGCGGUCGUUUCCCACAAGGACCUCAGCAUCGAGGAGGUCAUGGGGCGGUACUUUGCCGAGGUUGAGGAGAGCUACCCGUCUGUCGUCGCCAACGUCGCGCGGACGACGGGGAAGCUUGUGCGCGCCGGUGAGGGCGAGGCAGGAGGGGAGUGGUGUGGCCUGUGCGGGAUGCCGCUGGAUGAGGACGGCGAUGAGAGGUGGAGGGGGGAGCUGGGCAUCCAGGAGAGGUCAGACACGGGAACCGGGAGGUUAUGUUACGGGUGUGAAAGGUCCACUGCCGGCUAG